AUGUAAAUAAAGAAUUGUAAUAUUUCAUGAGAAAAAAUAUAAUACAUAUUUUAUGAAAUCAUAAUUCUUUUUAAUUUAUUCUGAAAACUGAUAGAAAUUAUUUAAGAACGAUGUGAAUGUAAAAACUAACAAAGUAUUAACAAAAAAGCAGAUUUGUAUACAGUGUUAGCUACAAUUUUAAUUGCUCCGAUAUACAAUAUUUAGUUCUUUACGUAUUUACAUUUUUAUGGAAUUUAAUUUAUGGCGGAGCCUUUAUUGUGUAUUUAAAAAAAUUAAGCCCUCAAAAAGAUCGCGAUUUAAAUAAAAUCGUUCCAUUCUUUAACUCUCGAUAAUCUUUCGCAUCUCGGGAAAUUUUUUAUGUGGGUCGAUUUCAACACAUUCGUACUCUAGCAAAGGGAUGAACAACUAGCAACUAUAGGAGAAAAAAACGCAGACUCCUAGUCGCGCAACGACGUCAAAGGCGAAAGCUCGCGAACGCGGGAAGCUUGUGCGCGUUUUCGUCGUGACACGUUGAACCAUUUCAAAAGGGCCGCGCUCCCAUAACAGACGGCGCUAGCCGCGCCACGAUUGGGAGUGCGUUAGUCAAGUGCAUUGUUCAUUGAAAACGUAUUACGGUUGCAUUAUGUCCGUCGAGCCGUAGCCUUUUUCACGCGGUUUUAUUCGGUGAGAAGUCGCGCGUGACGAGUUAUGCAACGUGCGCCGCGUAAGGGCGGCCCGCGCCCGGCGAUCGGACCCCGCGGCAGCUGACCUACUUAGAGCUCGGCCUAUCAUCGUCGUACCCCACGACGCGGCGGCGAAUCGUGCCGCCGAUCGCGCGAGAGAGGAGAGGUUCGUGACGGAUCCCCGGGUGCAUGUGGCGAGAGAGCGGCCGGCGGAAAAGCCGGCGCACGAGAUCGUUUCCGGGGGAAAACGUAAUUGCGGCCGCGGCCGCCGCCGACGGCCGUGAUCUCGCGGCACGAGCACGACGACGGCGGCGAGGGGCGAGGGGAGGGGGCCGAACUGCUUUUGGAAAUUGCGUCUUUCCGUCCGCGACGGAGUUCGCCGAUGGGGCGCGCAGGGCCGUAGCCAACGCGCCACGGUCACGGGGCCGUUCCUCGAGACUUGUCUCUCUCUCUCUCUCUCUCACACACACACACACACACACACACACACACACCGCACGCGCGCACACACUCCGCUUUUCGUCUUCUCGCUUUUAUCUCUUUCGUGUCACGUCUCUCUCGUCUUCGUGUCACGGAAGCGACGGCACGUUGUCUCGGCAGUGAGCGAGAAAGUGAGUGCCGCCGGCACGCUCACAAUUUUCCCUUUCGUUCGAGACCACUGCCGUACCGGGUAUCCGCGCGCGCGCGCUGUCCGAUCGGAGCGACACGUGCGUGCGCGCGCGCACGCGUACGAGCGCCCACACCAUGCAUACCGGCGUUGUUUCACGCCGUCGGGAGAGGAUCAUCCCAAAGUUCCCACAUGACCCCGACCUUCACCGUUUCGUCGCGAAUGACGCGAUCUUUGGGAUAAUUCUCGCGUAAUCUCUCUCUCGACUCGGACCGCGUGGCACUAAGGAGGGCUUCGUCAGGUCGAUUUGAAAUUUCCAGCCGAUCCGUGGAUUCCAUUCUUCGCCGGGAAGAAGAAAAGAUAGUAGGAAAGAAAGGAUCUCAACGGGACGGAAGACAGAGACGUGUGGCGUGGUAAUUAGGUAGUACGGUCCUGGCGCGGCUCUCGUGCUGUCAGUGCGCGACACUGCGCGCCGGAUGCUCGCUUGACUUAGGGAGUGCCCGUGCCGAUGCAAAGUGUAAGUGAAGUGGCCUACAGACCUACAUUUGUCUAACGUUCCAUUUUUUCACGGGCCGACGGGAAUGGGUGGUUAACGAGUAUCGCGCGCGUCACCUCCGCUCCUUUCCGCGGUGAAGCGCGGCCUGUGCGUGUGUCUGCGAUGCCGUCGUCCCGUGAUAUACCGACGUUCGGCUGACGAGACGGACGGGAGCGAAAGAGACCGAGAGAAAGAUAAACGGGCCGGACGAGGACGGAGCGAGCGAGCGAGCGAGUUAACCGUGGCGGUGCUGUGCAGUUUCGGUACGCUCUCGGACACGGCGCUUCGACCGGCGCGCGCCCCGCGCGUACUCGUGAAAAGAGACCGAGCGAGAGACGGAGGCAGGGAGAGAGGGAGAGACGACUCGUGAGCGUGCGCGAGAGUGAGAGAGAGGGAGAGCGGAGGGGAACGAUAGGCGAGCGCACGAGAGGGAAAGCGAGUGAGCGUGACGUUGUCGGCAAGGUGGGAGAGGGGGAGAGAAAGAGAGAGUGAGUGUGAGCGUGGAAAAAGAGGCACGGAGCGCGCGCGCGCGCGCGCGUACGCUACGGAAAAUCUCGUGGAGAAAAAGGAGCGAGCGAGAGAGUGAAUGAGUAAGUGAGUGAGUGUGUGUAUGUGUGUAUGAGGAGAGAGAAAGAGAGAGAGAGGGAGAGAGAGAGAGAGAGAGAGAGAGAGAGAGACACACACACACCGAAAGGGAUAUGUAAAAGAGUGUAGGUGUCCUUCCGAGAAGUGCGUGCACUCGCGGAAAACAACGUGCAGGAGAAGUGGAGGGAAUCCUGUCUAUCCGUUUGUCCGUCUGUCCGUCUAUCCGCCGGGACACGCGAGGCCCGGAAUGGCUGCGAGGACAGGGGCGGGCGGGGGUGAGACCCCCGCGACUGUCCUCGACGACAAUGCCGGCAUCGUGACGACGACGGCGGGUCCCCUCGCGGAAUCGUCCACGUCGUCUUCGUCUACCACCACCUCCUCCUGCUCCUCCUCCGUUACCGCCGUCGCCGGUGCCGCGGUGCCAACGGUGAUCCUGACGGAGAGUACCGCUACGAGCGCCGGGAGCCUGCCCUUGACGGGAUCUCAACAACAGAGCAACUUGCAUCAGGUGCAUCAGCCGCAACAACCGUCGCGACAGAGAAUCAACCUCAUCACCGACGUGGCCGUCAAUGAUGUCGCAGGAAGGAAGCUAUCUCUCUUCUUUUUUCCGUCUUCCUCUCGCCGCUACUUACAAGCAACUCCGGAAUUGACGCCGGUCCAAAGUUCUGUUUCUCCAAGCAUCCUUUAUACUAUCAGCUACUUAGUUAUGGAAUUUGCAAGUUUAUUUGGUGGCGUUCAUAAUUCAACCGUCCUUCUUCUCAUCGAAUGGAUAUCAUCAGCCACUGCUGCUUCAUGCUCAAGCAUCUUUCGUCUAUUCGCAUACCAGUAACAAAACGCUUAUACGCGACAGACGCGAAUUUUUGGACGCUGCGGACAAUUCGUACAACUUUGUAAAUGCACUGAAAAAAGUUUGGUAAUAACUACCAAAUAUUGAAUGAAUUAAUGCUAAUUAAAUUAUUCAAUUAAUAUAAUGAAAAAUAAUUUUAUUUUUAAAAAUAUUUAGAAAAUAUAAGUAUCUAUCAAACGGUUGUUUACAUUAUUAUGUUCGUGAUAAUAUCUACUAAAUAUUUGGAGAAGAAAAAUUAUUUUUGUGACUAUAUGUCAAUCGAGUAUUUAAUUGGCAUUAUUUCACUCAACAUUUAAUAGCUAUUAACUCUUUUUUAGCAUGGGACACGGGUAUGUUGCACAAAUUUUGAGUAACCUCGAUUACCUGGCGCGAUACACCGAGCACAUCGAUAGCGAUAUUACUGAAAUUAUAAUUGCGAAAUUAACAGAAACGUGGUCUCUAUAUUUAAAGAAAGAAAAGGAAAACAUUAUUUAUUAUCGUAUACGAAAUGAUUCAAAGCAUAAAACUUUGCUAUUUGUAAUAUUUAAGCGUAAAUUUAAGCUCUAAUAGGAUAGAAUCAUUUUAUAGUAAAAUAUAUAUCGAUCAGCGGCGAGAUUAUCUGUUGUCGCAACAAGUGUACGAAUAAUGCGCAUACUCGUUGUUAAUCGCGCCGCCAAUUCACUUUUGCUGACAUAUUGUAUUGUUAAUAUUGUCGCACAUACAACGACGGCAAACUUGCUUGCAGACAACAUUGAGCGGCAUUAUUACCGUCAUCAAAUUUGCUAUCGUCGUGCUUUAUCGUGCGUACGCCAGUAUUUGUACCGCCUACCUUCCUCUUGAAAAAUAUUUCAAUGUCGUCAAAUCUCUACAUGUUGUUGCCCAUCUUUUCUUUGUCUCGGAUAAGCAACAUAACAACCCCCUUUCAACAACACGCGGUUCCAAGUUGUCGCGUCGCUCGGAAUAAAAUGCUGCGUCGGGGUUCGCGCACGCGUCAAUCUCAUCUGUGUGAGUGCGAACAUUUUACUACAUAUAAAAACACACGCGCGCGCAACACGUACACACGCAUGGGGAUCCAUUCGAGCGUCGAGCAGUACAAGGUGGUCCAAGUGCAUCGGGUAAAUGGGUCAAGCGAAUUAAUUCACGCUGGCUGGCAAGCCGCGCGCUUCGUCGUGUCUCUCGCUACACACAACAAAAACAAUAUAGAACGCGCUAUGGUUACAAAGUAAGAGCUAAGCGAGACACGCACUAAAUGCAGUUCGCGGAAAGCGUAUAUAACAUAAACACGAAAACUGCAUUAACGGACGCUGCUCUUGUAUCUUGUCUCUUAGGGGAAAGAAAAAAAAAAAAAAGAAAAAAAACUACAAAACUGAUAGAUGCUUUUGCUACCUCGGGCUUUUACAAUUUCACGACGAAUAAAUUAAGUUUUGCUAUAUCUAUUGCCCUGCGAUUCGCAUAUUUUUAUGUAUUCUAUUAUAUAACUUUAUUCUUUUGAUGUGAUACAUUGAUCUGAUUUUAUAUGUCGUUUAUUUAAAUUGUGUUAUCGUUUUUAAAAGUAUAUUGAAGAUGAAAAUAUUUUAGUUUUUUUUUUUCACGUAAAAACUAUUGUUUGAAAUUCAGAACAUAACUUUCCUAAUCAAUUUCAAAUUUCAAAUUAUCAAUAAUAAACGCAAAGGAAAUAUGGAUGUGUUAUGUGAAAUUUCCAUAGUCCAUAAUACGAAAGAAAGUUAACUUGCGUUUUGCUCGAUGUUAUAUCUUUGAAUGAAGAUUUAUAUAUUAUGAAUUUAUGUUAUCGUAACUUUGCUUAGUUAUCAUCGAUGCCUCUCAAAACGUCUUCCGGCAAGAACGACGGAAACUUAUGCGUGUGCGAUUGCCUUAUCACGUAGAACAAACAUUGCAGUGGUCACAAUGUUGCAUGGUCACGUUAUGUGAGCACGAGACGUAUUUAUUUCCGCGCCAAUUACCAAAUUGAUGUCGUAAUAUUCUAUUCGUAUAGUGUCGCGGGGAGGAACAAUGUCCCGGAUUCCCGCAAUGUAUGUGGCAUAUUAUAAUUAACGCCACAAUUGAAAUAAUCUCAUACAUAUAGCGCGAAUAUAAAAUAUUAUAAAAUAUAGGAAUACUAAAUAAUAUACUUAAAGUCAAGACAAUACAAUGAAAGUAGUUAUUCUUUCUACUUUAAUGCGCUUUCUAUAACUGUUUAUUAAAAGAAAAAAAGUUUUUUAAUAUUAAAUAUAGUGAUUUAUUAAAUUUGAAAGCGCGAGAUUACAGAUGUUUCGCAUCAGGAUUUAUAGAAGAUCUUUAUUUCACAAUGUAGACAGUUGGCGAAUAAAAUAUACCGAACGGAAACUUGAUUGUGUCGUCAGCAUACCUCUGUCGCAGGUUAUAUCGACUUUGAUUACUUCAAUCUACACACCUGAGAGUAUUGAGAUAAAGUCGCUCAAGUCUUGCGUGUCCGCACGAAACCGGCUUCUAUAUCGCUCUUACACCGAGUGCUCUUAAAAUUUUGUAUAAUAUCAUUGCAGUAAUUUUUUAAACAAAAAAUUAAUAUAGUUACUUCACGGAGAAAAUUUUAUAUUAAAAUUCACUAUGUAUGAUAUGUAGCUGUGGAUCAUAAGAAAAAAAUUUCUAAGAAUUAUAUACCACACACUUGCACACAUAUUAUGGCAAUUUGAUGAAAAACAGUAAAAACUUGUUUAAUUCCUUAGUCUGCGUUUACCGCUUACCAUAGUAAUUUUUGGUAAAUUUUCUUCGUGUUUUUAUGAAAAACUCAAUAUUUUUAAAAAAAUUUCUUAGAUUGGGCAUUUCAAUAUAAAUAAAAUUCUAGUACAACCUGAUGUAAUGUUAAUUCAGACUUUAUUAUAUUCCGAAAGCUUAAAUUGAAAAGAUUCUUUGUAUUAUUUACAAAAAUUUAAAACUCAAAAGCAUCAUAGCAAAAUGUUAUUUAAGCUGCAGUAAGUGCAAUUUAUGAGUUUAAAUUUUUAGCGCAAUAGAAAUAUAUCUUUGAGAAACGUAUGAAGAGAGUACGGGGACUGAAUAGCACUUGCUAUUGUCUCACACAAAAAUAUGUUAUACGUUUAGAAAAUAUAAGCAAACAAUUAGUCACACAUUUCUUUUACGCUUCUUAACUUCUUUGAAGAAAAGGUAUCUCGAUUUUUUACACAAUGACACCCUGCAGUGAAGUCCUAUCCGUUGACACAUGGGUCCCAUUUUACAGGGGGUACAUGAAACGCAUAUAGAUCUUAACGAGUGGUACUUAGUCAGAAUUGUGCUCGGCGAGUGUGCACAAAUAUACACACAAAGAGACGCGUAGCGUCGGCGUCGCCGGCGGCGACACGCAUGCGGAUCGGCUGGUAACAUUGGUGCCAGCCAGAAAUCAGGUCAUUCGUAUCAAACUGACCUACAUACCGUUAUCAUCUGUAUUAUCGCCUUUGAUAAAGCGUUUAUUAACCGCACGAUUAUACACUAGUAAAAGAUCCAUAAAAGACGUUUUUAUCCCCUUCUCUUUCUUUUCCUCUUAUAGCCUAACUUCCGUCGUGACAUUGCGUGUUUGUAGUACAUUGAGUCGUCAGUUUCCUAUUACCGUUGUGCGUUACUCCCUUUGAUAGUUAGCCCUUUGGAGACUUAAUCCCAGGGCACAGAAUAGAUAUCUCGAACUCUUAUCUUUCUCCCCUUCCACCCUCGCCCUCCUCCUUCUGUUUUCUUUUCCCUCAAUUUAUGUGGCCUCCCUCUGCUUCCCUCCAAAUCUCUCGUUUGGCGCUUAUCGAACUCCCAUCGGUUUGAUUUCUUUUUAUUUAUCCCUCACCCGCCUUCACUUUGACGGCCGCGACGGUAAUAAUAAUUCAGGGUAAAAACGCCUUAUCCCUCUCUCGCGGCGUCAUGCUAAAAAUAACAGGCAACAAACGACGCGGCUGACCUCGUCCUGGCCACCGUCCUUCCUCAACGCUUCGAACUCUUCAACUUGAUCUAAUUACAUAUCUGCCCCCGCAAACUUUCGAGCGAGAUCACGCGGAUGCGUAUGGAGAAAACGAUCGAUUCUCCUCGAUAUUCGUCUAAUAUACGACGCGUAACGUCCUUGAAAGAGCGCGAGGGAAAUUCCGGAAGGCUAAAUAAAGGGUGGCUGCCUGUCACGUGACAUAUUAUUUGCGGGUGGACAAAUUAAAUAUUGAAAAGUCUGUCUUGGUGAGGAAAGAUAAUUCAAUAUUUCACAGUAUCGCACCUCCAUCUUUCGAGCACUGUUUGUCAAAGAGAAUUUGAACAUAAUUCUGAAUUAAUUCUUAAAAUCUUAAAUUACUGAGCAACAAUUAAUUGUUGCUUUAGUGAAAUUAAACUAGUCUUUUAAGCUAUUGAAAGGAUUUCCCACGUAUACAAUUUCUUUAUUCGAAUAGAUUAUAUAUUCUCUUAGAAAAUUAAAGGUUAAACAUAUUAUAUAUAUUUUUGACACAGCAAAAUGUUACAUCUUUUUUGCCUUAUUACUACGUCAUUAACAUUAUUAUUAUGUAUCGUUGCUCAUUAACUUAUCUCUAUCAAUAAAUUAUCAUUUUUUGUGUAAUGGACAUUUGCAUUCUGACAACAAACACGGAGUAAAACGCGUUGCAAAUUUUCCGCUAAUUCAAAGUUAACCGAAAAGAACACAUUUUCGUAAAACUGAAUUUGCGUGAGAGUAUAAAAUUAAAAAUCGGAAAAUCUUAAAAUUGAUUAACUUAAGAAAUCGAAUUAUUUUGAAUGUCGCGAUUUUAGUUAGUGAUACCCUUGACCUAGAAAUAGCCACGGAGGGAGCAGUUUACAUCUCAGCGACUCAAAAUAGAACAGACAUUUUCGUCGAUUCGUCCGACUUUAUUAGAAUUGUCGAUAAAUGUCCCUUCACAGUUAAUUCGAGAACUUGAAUUAUUAUCAAUAUUUUACUUAUUUUUUUACAUUAUAUAUCUCUCAAUUAUAUAAGAAAAUGUAAGUAAAAAAUCCAUCAAAUUAAGAAAAGUGAUGCAGAAAAGUAAUUAACUGUAUCAAGACGGACUGCUUAAAAUGAAGCUUCACCAGAUGACACCGUCACCUUUUUACGGCACAUCUUAAUCUGACACUUGAAUUACUCUCGGGUCUGGUUAAUUUCUCUUAAUAUGCGCAUGUAUAAAAAGAUUAACAAGAAAUUACUUUGUAUAAUUUGAUUUCGUUAAAAAGUAAUAUCCCACAAGGCUCUAGAGUCAAGGAAAUUUUAUCUUAUUUCAUUAUUUCAUUAUUUGUAAGUUUUAUUAUUAUUUGGCGAGAAAAAUGAAAAUCAAUUAUCGUUAAAGUUCACAUGCUAUAUAAGUAUCAAGUAUCUUAUAUUGUAUAUAAAGGAAGAAGAAGAGAAAUUUGAUCAGGCACGAAUGACCUGGAUACACCGUUUAAUAUUUUAGCAAUUUAGAAAAUAGAGCGCAAAAGAUCCAUCCCUGCGAGCGAUCGUCGUGAGAUAUUCACGGAUGACGAUAGAGGGAGACAGAAAGAAAAGUAGGAUCUGGCAUUGUGGACGGCGACGCGUUCUCUCACUGCAAGCGAAAGUGCAAGCAAGAAUGUCGAGAGUGAUCGUGACGCGACG